AUGUUAUUAUUUGUCAUCAUUUAUCUACUUUGGAAAGCUCGUGCACGUUUAUGUCGUUCAUCAUCAUUGUCAAGAUCAGAUAUUAAUAAUUCACGUUUAUCAUCAAAUAAAUUUGAUUUAGAUUAUUGGUUAAAACAAGUUGAUUUACUUGAAGCUAAAGAAAUUGAACGUAAUCGUGGUGGUCUAUCACCUUAUCUUGAAUUACCAACUGAAGAACCACGUGAUAAUCAAGUAGCAACUGCUUCGUGGAUUAUUGAUGCAUGUCAUCAAUGGCGUCUUAUACAAUAUCGACAACAACAUCAACUUCUUCAACAAACAACAAAUCAACAAACUGAAUCAAAUCUUAUUCCAUAUAGACGACGUCGACAUAUUUUACGUCGUUUUAUUCGACGUCUUCUUAUUCUACCACAUCAACAUCCAUCAUUUUUAGAUCAACAUUUAUCAUCAUUAAUUGCUGAUUUAAGACCAAGUAUAGUAAAUAAUAAUUUAAUUCCACCAUUAGAAACAUUAGAUAUUCCACCUCGACGAGUUGUUUCAUGGCCUCGUCUCAAAUCAGCUCAUCAUCAAAAUGGUGCAAUGAUGAGUGCAUUAGAAGCACGAAAUGCUAGAAAACGUCUGCUUAAACAAAUAGCACGAACAAAUGUAUCGGAUAAAUAUGAAAACAAAACUUAA